AUGAUUGCCGUUGGGAUGAUGAACAUUGCUGGUUCUUGCACUUCUUGUUACCUCACCACAGGGCCGUUUUCCAGAUCAGCAGUUAACUACAAUGCAGGAUGCAAGACGGCAAUGUCAAACGUUGUCAUGGCAAUUGCGGUUAUGUUCACAUUGUUGUUCCUCACUCCUCUAUUCCAUUACACUGCCCUGGUUGUGCUGUCUGCUAUUAUAAUAGCCGCCAUGCUCGGCCUCAUAGACUAUGAAGCCGCAAUUCACCUCUGGAAGGUUGACACGUUUGACUUUGUUGUCUGCAUGAGUGCCUGUAUCAGUGUCUUUUUUGGCAGCGUUGAAAUCGGCCUAGUCUUAGCGGUUGCAAUAUCUGUUACCUCACCACAGGGCCGCUUUCCAGAUCAGCAGUUAACUACAAUGCAGGAUGCGAGACGGCAAUGUCAAACAUGGUCAUGGCAAUUGCGCCGCCAUGCUUGGCCUCAGACUAUGAAGCCGCAAUUCACCUCUGGAAGCGUUGAAAUCAGCCUAGUCUUAGUGGUACGUACGACUAUAUGUCACACCAGGUACUUUUGUUUGUGGCAAGGCCAAGGACUUUUGUUCAAGGGAAACCUCCCGAAUUCCAUGGUUUACAGAAAUGUUGAGCAGUAUCCCAAUGCAAGCAAUGUUCCUGGAAUUCUCAUACUUGAGAUUGAUGCUCCCAUUUACUUUGCAAAUACCAACUACUUAAGAAAAAGGAUUACAAGGUGGAUAAAUGUUUUGGAAGAUAGGAUCAAAUCUGCAGGGGAAAGUAGCUUACAAUAUGUGAUAUUGGAUAUGACUGCUGUUGGUAACAUAGACACAAGUAGGAAAAGCAUGUUUGAAGAGGUCAAAAAGCUUGUUGACAGAAGGGGGCUCCAGGUUCAAAAAUCCGCAACAGUCUCUUUCAACUUAUCAAGUUUAGCUUGUACUGGCGAACCCGGGAAGCGAGGUGAUGAAGAAGAUGAACAAGUCAGAGUUGAUUGA